UAGUCGGAAUUUGGUUAUGUGCGAGUUUUUGCGAUUUUCAUGGAACUAGUCACGUUGUAAAGGUCAGGCGAAGUCCUCUCGUGACACUAAAUUCAAAUAAGUUUGGUGAGUCACGCAAUACUGUAGAGUUGUCAGGCAACGCUCGGAUGGAACUGGGAACGAGUCCGUAUCACAUUCCGCAUUCCAGUUACACAUCCAGAAAUUCGUCUGCAGUGAUCAUUCUAAUGCCAGUCUUUAUUGGCGUUUUGGGCUAUUAGCAAACUAGCUAGGAGUUCAUGAGAUUGAUCAGUGCGUUAUCGAAGAUGUAAUUUGCCGUAUUCACGUGUUUUGGUGAAAACUUAAGCUGUGAUAAGGAAAGUGAAUGUUAAUGAUUAUAAAGCAUGCAGAGAUCUGAAUCUUUCUCCGAGUAUGAAACUGAAGAAAGAUGUUUUCAACAAGAUUGGGGGUACUACGUUUUACAAGAGAAAUGUUACAGUCUGAAGUAAAUGUUGCCAGCUUGACCAAGAGAGAGGACUAUGUCAGUGCCUGAAAAUAACAGCCCUGGUGGCAGUUUAAGGGAUGACGACAGUGAUCCACCAACUCUCACUAUUGAAGUAGAGAAGCUCAGUGAUCUUCCAAAAACGUCAAAGCAAUGGAGCAGUGUCCAUCUCCCAGUAGACAUUCUGUUGUUGACAGUCCAGGAUAGUGAGUUCUUGGCAUGUCAUUAUUACCUAAGAGAUGCUUUCAGAAGUUAUUCUCAAACUCUUGGAUAUGUGUACUUUGGAAACAUGGGUGAUCAGGACAAGCCAUGGAAAGUUGCUCUACUGAGGUGUUCUAAAGGCUCCUCAGAUCCUGGUGGUUCCCAGACAGCUGUAACCAAUGCUAUUACCCAAUUGAGACCCAAGGUCACUUUUUGUGUUGGCUUCUGCAAAGGUCUGAAUCAUGAAAACACCAAUCUAGGAGAUGUGGUUAUAUCCUGUAAGCUUGCAACAGAUGCCUACAGAACACCAGUAAGCAGAGAUGUUGGUAACCUUGUCAGAUAUGCAGCUGAUGGCUGGUGUCCACCCUUAGAAUGCCCAGAAGCUUUCAGAGAAGUCAAAGUACACUGUGAUGGUGAGAUUUUGAGUUGUCCAGGUCCAGUUAGUCCUGAACAGCAGCGUAAAUUAUACCCAGAGGCAAUUGCAGUUGAAAUGGAAGGAAAAGGAAUGGUUACCGCAGCCCAUGAUUUGAAAUCAGAAUGGGUUGUUGUCAAGGGUGUGUCACGUUUUGCAGAUAGCAGUGCAAAUAAUUUGUGGGAAACCUUUGCCAGUGUCAUGGCUGCUUCUCUUGUGUCCAAUAUAUUAAGUGAUCCUUUUGUUUUUGAACAAUGGCCUCACUAUGGAGGUAUGUAUGGUAGUGUAUACUAAGUUCUUUUUAACAAUAAUUGUUAUUGUACAAGUAAUUGUCUUGCAGAGAUCAACCUGUGUGUAGUUUGGAGGAGGCUUUUGGCUCACAGUCACGUGAUUAUCAAUCACCUCCGAGACCCCAGGGGUAUUUAGGAUUAAAAGAGAUGGAGAGGUGCAAAUGGAGCUACGGUUGAAAAUCCAAAAAAUCUUAAUUGAAGCUUUCACUUAGACCCUGAGAAAAGCCUGGCGCAAGAAAUACCUGCCAUGAAAAAAAAAUUCAACCAAUCUUUCCCAGAAAUGGACCUCUCGCUAGGUCAAUGACAUUUAUGUAUUUCUCUGUAGUUAUCCAUUCUCCAAUGGUGGAAAACACGGUGUCUGGUGGAAAACAAGGGGUCUGAUGGAAAACAUGGAGUCUAAUUGCAAAACAGGGGGGGUCUAAGUGAAAAACAUGGGGUCUAAGUGAAAAACACGGGAUAUAAUAAAAAUGACAGGUCGAAAUUUUGUCAGGUUAAAUUGCAAUGAAAAUCAAUUCUGCAUCUCGGCGUGAAACGCGUUUCUCAAACAUUCCGUGAGAAAGAAAACCAUUCAAAAGCCAACGAGCCGUGCAGUGGUUUUCUUUUGCAU